GACCGUUGACCCGUGUGUUCUUUUCUUUUCUUUUCGUCAAUUUUUUCUCGUCAAUCCGUUCACGAUGCAAGAAAUACGGGACACACCCGUUGCCUCGAACCCGGUGAGAGCCAGCGCGUGGGGGUUCCGCCUGAAAUGUCUCACACAACUGGUUCUUCCUCGCGCCCGAGACAAAGAAAUCUCAGGAGAUCGCAAGACAAAGUGAGAAACCACUUUUUUUCUUUUCUCGGGAAAGUAUGCACCAAGCAGCGCGUCAUUCCUGAAGAAUGUACCAGCCCUCUGAAAAAGUCAAAGUUUUGUCCCAGCCAGCCACCGGCCAGGCACCCGGAAACUUUACUGAGGUCAGCCAAGUGGCUUCGGACCACUCCAGAACCGGCUCUAGCUGGCUGGGCAACGCCACCACCACCACGACGGUACCUCGCAGAAAAGAUCUCUGGCAUGGUGUUCGUUGGGUUGGUUGGUUGGUUGGUUGGUUGGACCCUGAUCCUCGCAUCCCGCACCGCCCUCCGUCGUCCCCUUGCCCUUGGGCUUUUGCCAGGACGGGCCGAGAGGCUGACCCUUCCCUGGACGCAUAUACACACGAAUAA